AUGCUACAGAGUACAGGUUCUUCAAGUGCACUUAUCAGAUACAUAGGUAGUGGCAUCUCUAAUGCAGGAACUCGUUUCAUUUUUAAUAUUCCCUUGUGUCCUUUAUUACCAUACCCUUACCUGAUUGGUUCGCUAACCCAACUGAAUGUAAGAAGCUCACGGUGAUGGUGGAAAACAGUCUUAAACAUGGAGGCAGGGAGCCAUUAUUGCCAACGGUUAAGGCAGGUAAUUCACGAAUUAGAUGUUUCUUUCCUGGCUAAAUCAAUACAUCAUAUUUUAUGCUACAGGUUCUUCAAGUGCACUUAACAGCGAAAUGGACAUUCAGAUAAAUUUGAAAAAAGCCCAUAAGAGAUACCGAGGCAACGGGUUCUCUGGUGGCACAGGAAGCCGUUCCAUCACUGACAUCGAAGUCAACUUGGAAUAUCCCCUCGUGUCCUUCAUUACCAUGAUCGCACCCUCACCUGAUUGGUUCGUUGGUGUACACGACUAUAAUUUAUGCAACACAGCAACAGGGAGAUGGUUAGACUCGAGAACAAGAGAUUUGCCACCCUAUGAUGCAGGCACUGACAGUGGACCUAACUUUGAUAGUCUAGAUCAAAUAACAAAUCCAAAAGAAAAUAUCCACCUGCUUACAAAUAACACAGAAGGAUCGUUCAAAGGCGAUAAACCCGUAAACAGGUUUGGAACUUUUACUUUUGUGAAGACCUAUGAUUCCAACCCAAUUAUCAAGCCGUCUUCCACCAUACAGCAACGGCAACCCAGUGCUAGUGUGAAUGCCGAAAGGUCUACUAUGAUGAUUGAUCGAAAAGAAAGCUCUACACAACAAGUACAGUUAAAAAUUACCCCUAGUACAAAACCCAACGUUCCAACUCAAACACCGACCCCUACAGCAUCAAUCACAGUUUCAGCAAGCGUCAAGAUGACACCAACACUCACCGCAACCAGUGCGGCAGGCUCUGUUAAACAAUUUGCUUUUAUCCACGUCAUUUUUGCUACGAUCCUUGUACAUUUCUGUUUGUAA